GUCUGAACAACCCUCCCACCCAUGCGGUCUCUAUGGAUGGAUGGAUGUGACAAUCAGUAACAGAGCUCAGUGUCUCUUUAGGUCAUAACACUCAAGCAUCUGGACAGAGAUUUGAAAGGACUGUACAAGAUCCAAGGCCCCACCGUUGGGCAAAGGACGCUGGAACUCUCUUGUCUUUUCACUUCAGCCAGAUGAACAUACACGCGGUAGACUUUGCAACCAAGGCUUGGCAUCUAUGCUUCUUUCCCAUCCUGUGCUUUCACCUUGUAAUGGGUGGUGUUCCUGGUCCAUGCCGACACUCGGUAACACAGGAGCACCUUUGGAUCCUCAAUCGCCUGAUUGACAAUCAGUUGGACCAUGGGUGUUUUAUAAUUUAUCAGUUUACUGAACGUUUGAAUUUGAGUAAAGUUUGUUAUGUCAAAGCAGCCCUUCCACAAGUACUUGAGCUUCUGAGAACACAAUUCCAUUAUGGUAGGAAUUCAGACAACAGAAGAUAUGUCAACACUCUGGAAAAAGCAAUCUACCAUCUUUACUCCCAAGGAUGUAUCUCGGAAAUAAAUGAAGAGCUUGAGGAAAGUCCAUCCAGGUUAACAAAGGAGGUGGAAAGCUCACCAAAGGAAGCUCUGAAAAAAGCUCGACAAGUGAUCCAGAUGUAUAUGAGACUGAUGACAUUCAGCACUCAUCCUGUGGACUGGAAUUGUCAAUCUGAAUAUUCCGUCGGAGAUUAUUUAAAUCACACUCAAAUUGCAUUUACCAUCACCACAGGGGGAGCAGAUGGAGGCCGCAAACAAAGCUAGUUUAAUCAAUGAUCUGGUUCCGCUAUUUGGAGCUUUCACAACUGUUGCCUCUGAUCAUGUGGGGCCAUGAUCGAAACAUAAGAACCUCUCCCAGGAAUCUGCAUUUUGUGAGCCCAUCACCAUUAGAAACUUUUGUGUUUGUGGUUAAAUAUUUAAAUAUAUUUCUAUUUACCUGGUUCUCAGAAAGUAUGGUCCAGCGGAAUGUUGAAAUGCUGACCCACUUUGACACACUCUCUCUCUAUUUAUAUACUGUAUAUAUAUAUAUAUAUAUAUAUAUAUAACACAUUUUCUCCAUUUACAAUUAAUAUAAUAUAUACAGACUGCAGAGCUAAAAUAAAUAAGCCUAACUGAGAUUUGUGCUGUCUUUUGCGUUUGAAUGAACUUAUAGUGGUGAAAACGAGCCAUCGCUGUUCAUGUCCUGUCAACACGCCCUUGCAAUUAAGAGCCCUUUCCCCCCUUAAAAUGCAUCAGUGCCAAAAGCAGUUGUAAUUAAGGCUGUACAUUUUUGAGUCGAAUCGGACUCCACACUUUUGUUUUGUUUUGUUUUUAUUCUCUCAGAUUGGACUCAGACACCUUGGCAUUUGACUCAGUUCAGCCACUGGACUCAAAAAAUAUUUUUAUUGACUCAAAAGUGUCGAACUAUGUUUUUCUUCCUGAAAAUUAACUGAAACCUUCAACAAAAACAAAACUUGAAAUAAAAGUAUUUCAGAUGAUCAAAAUAGUUAUCUGAUUGCAGAUUCUGUAAGAAGUCAAUUUCGGACACAUAUUUUAUCACGUUGAACUUCACUCGACACUUGUCGAGGCGCCACUAAAAGGGAUAGUUAUUUUUCUUGUUUAUUAUUAAGCAAAGGGUUCCAUGACAUUUAAUAAGAGCAAAAUGUCUCUUUUUGGGGGUGUGGGGGGGGGGGGGGGGGUGUAAAUAGCAUUUUUCUGUCUUAAGGUUUACUCUUGAUCUCAUUCGGACUUGGACUCGAACCUUGUGGAAUCGGACCUUACUUCGAUCCUGACCUUUGUGAUCCAACUUGACUGAGACUCGAUAAAGGUGGACUUGACUACAUCCCUGGAUGUUACCAAUAAACGCUGUCCAUAAUGUGACAAUACAUCAGCAGGGAAAAAAAUGAUGUUACGCAUGUUACCUUCUGAGUCUAAGAGAAAAGAAAAUGAAAUAUACUGUAUACUUACACUGGAACAAUUUUGUUUAUUCUCCGACUGAGUAAACUAGCGUAUUGGCCCGAAUAUAAGACGGCCCUGAUUAUAAGAUGACCCCCUCUUUUUCAAGACUCAAGUUUGAAAAAAGACUUUUUGAACACCAAAUUAAUUUUUAUACAGAAAAUAAUUACAGUGCAUCUGAAACAAAUGAUUACAACAAUAUAUUUGAGAGAAUAGAAUCGUGUUUUGCCUCAUUCAAAUCUAAAGUGCAAUCACAUUCGUAAAUGAAUGGCUUCUGGUUUUUUAAAUGUAAAUUACAUCAUAACUUCUCCUAAGCUGCCGUUAACCUGGCCAAUCUUUGACCCACUUGUCUCCAGAUUGUCACUACGUUUCUCCAUUUUCUGUUAUCUCUUUUCUUAUUUUCUUCUCUUUUCCUUCUUACCGCUAUUUUAUAUUUUUCUUCUUUGUGCUACCGCUAUUUUUAUUUUUAUUCUUCGUGGCAGGGGUUCACUUUGGCCUGGGGAGCCAAGUUCAGCAUUCGCUUCAAUGAUAUCUGGUGCCAUCUAGCAUUAUGAAUGGGUAUAAUGUAUAGACCCCAAAUAUAAGACGACCCCUACUUUUUCAGUCUUAUUUCAAUGCAAAAAACACUGUUCUAUAUUCGGGACAAUACGGUACGUGCCGCGCAUGGCGUCCAGUUUUACCAGUAACACCAAAAUACACCAAAAUAGAUCAGUAUAUUUUCAUAAAUUGUGGUGCUCAUUUGAACUUCCAAAGUAACACAAUGUUAUAUGACGCCCAUUCACCAAUUCAGUGGUAAUUAUCAAUGUGUAGUUUGUAGCAGUUUUUCACCUGAAUCUCUUUGUAUGAAGGUAAUGAAGUUGUUCAAUUGUAAAAAAAUACUGAAUUCAAAAAUAUUUAUUUCACAUGAGUGCCUGAUGCUUGGUACUCAGGUUACAAGUGCGCCAAUGUGAAACGAUGGAAUACCAGUGAACCACCUCUUGCGAAAAACGGGCUGAGUGAAUUAUGUUUUUUUAUCGCACGUCGCAAGAAAGUUUUUAUUUAAAUCGUACAACAUUUUGAUCUGGUUUUGAACAAGUUCAUUUUCGGGCUCUCAUUUCACAUUCCUGGAUCAUAGUUUUUGCGAACCACCUGUUUGUCCAUUUACCCAACGAAACCUCUUGACUGCCAUUUGCAGAUGGCAUUGUGGUUGUAUGUAUUUUAUUUUUCCAAUUAUCGAAUAAUAUCACUAUUAAGUUAUAUUUUUGUCUGAAAGACUGUUGUUCUGACAAAAUACACAGUGCUGCAAAAAUGUGUUUAUUUGAACAAAAACAUGAAACAGACAAACAAGAUGUGCUGUUGAACGAAUAAAUAAACAAAUACAUACAGAAAAAUUAUGAAAUUGUCACUAUUUGACCCACAUGAAUUUGACCUCAAACCUGUCCAACGUAAUUGAAGAAAUGUAAUGACAAAAUGAUGCACAUGCUCUCAAAAUUUAUCGUCACUGUGCUGUGAUAAACAUGUAUGUCCAUUUUUAUUUUUUUUAAACUUUUAUGUGAAUGGGUAUCCACGUUUUGUAAUGAACAUUUAACAUUUUUUUAAAAUGACAAAAAUAGACGUGUUUUUCACAGGACAGCGAGGAUUUUCAAAGACUAUAUAGAUGUGAGUGGUGGAGAAGUAGCAUUUCAGUUUUUCUGAUUUUAGAGGUCUGGAUCAGUCCCCACUCGCCCGCUACAGUCGGAACUUUAUAGCAACCUGAUUGGCUUUCUUUGCAUAAGUGGUGAUCCAGCAUAUUUUCGAGUAUUUUAAUUAUAAUUUUAUAAUCAUUGUUUUGCUUCAUUUAUGCCAUUACAGUGUGUAAUUAACAAGCUUGCUAUUUUUGCACUCCGAAAAUGCAUCUUCCCUGGUGACCAGAAUGUAAAGAAUCCUCAUUAAAAAAAAAAAAAAACUUCGGCCGUUGAUAGCACCUGCAAUUCUUUUGCAACUGCAAUUUGAUCCGUCACAAUGUCCGCUUCACAAAGGAUAUUGCGCUGAUGACAUACCAACGCAAACAUCUCCACAAAGUUGAUUGACAUCCAAACAGCUGAGUGCAGUUUGUACCUGGUUUCCCCCUUGACUGCAUGGCAAAGUCUAUAUGCUGCUUUGUGCCAAGAAUGUUAAAUAUUCUGUGAAGUGCUUUGUUACAGCUGCUGCUGAUGUGAAAGCGCGAUAUAAAUAAAGCUGUUUUGUACUAGAA